AUGUACCUAAAAGAUGAUGGGGCCUCCGCUCUGCUCUUCUGGCUGCUGGUGGCCAGGCUGAGUCCUCGUGCCUGUGGCCAUGAGACUCCUUCCCAGGAAAGUCAACGAACCCCAGCGAACCUGUCCACCCCUUCGGCCUUCCUGAACAAUUCCUACCUGGCCUUUAACCUGUACAAGCAGAUGGUGGCCAAGCACCCUGAUCAGAACUUCAUGUUCUCCCCACUGAGCCUCUCCAUCCCCCUCACCCUGCUAGCUUUCCAGGCCCCGCCAGAAAUCCGCACCGAGGUCCUGGAGGGGCUGGGGUGGGGCGCCGCCCAGGUCCCUGAAGACAGGGUCCAUGAACACUACAGUGAGCUCCUGCUCUCCUGGCUGCCGCCCCCUGGGCAGUGCCACCUAGACACGGGCAGCAUGCUGUUCUUGGACAAGAAUAUACACCUGAUACGCAAGUUUGCUAACAUUGCCCAGAGUCUGUACCACACAAAGGCCUCCCUUAUCCCCUUCAACAACUACAAGGCAGCCCAGGAGAUGAUGGACAGCUUCAUCAGGAAGAAGACACAGGGCAACAUUGAGAAGCUGGCCCAGACAACAGGGCCCAACGUUGUCUUGAUUCUGGCCAAUUAUAUGUUGAUUACAGUGGAAUGGAAAUACCGCUUUAACCCAAAGUUCACCAAGAUGGAAGCCUUCCAUCUGAAGGAAAAUUUCCUGAUCCCCGUGUUCAUGAUGCAGCGGCUGGGCUGGUUCCAGGUCCACCGCCUGAACCACCUGCACAGCGACCUGCUCCGCCUGCCCUUCAGCUGCAACAUCACCGCUGUCUUCAUUCUCCCCGACUUGGGGUUGCUGAAGCAGGUCGAAGAGGCACUGAUGAAGGAGGAUUUAAACACGUGGACUCAGCCCAUCCCACCAAGCAGGAGGAGGCUGUUCAUGCCCAAAUUCUCCUUGUCCUGGCGCAUGCAACUGGACCAGCUCCUGCCUGAGCUGGGCAUCUGGAAAAUAUUCCGACACUUCUACAGCCUCUCGGGGGUCGCAGCCCAGACCAUGCCCAUGAGGGUCUCCAAGGCAGUGCAAGUGGCCAUGCUGACCGUGGAUGAGAAAGGGGCAGAAGAGGAGGACAUCACUGACUUCCAGUUCCUCCCCAAGGCCUUCCUGCCCCACCUGCGUAUGGACAAGCCCUUCCUGUUCUUAAUUUUCGAGGAAAACAGUCGCAGUCUCCUGCUCAUGGGAAAAGUGAUAAAUCCUUCGAUAAACUUAGAGCCAGUUGACUAG